AUGAAACCCCUGAAUUCCCAGCUCGUCACCCCAGGGCCUGCCUCGACCAAGAUUCGACUCUCUCUCUUAUCUUCUGCUAUAUGCGAUGCACUAGGUGGACCUGCUGAAUUCCACAGACGCUUUUCUUUCGACUUUGUCUCUGAAAUGAUCCCAAAUCAGAAUUUCGGUUUGGGCGCAGGCAUUUGGACUGACGAUACCAGUAUGACACUUGCACUCGCCAAAUCGCUGGCAACGUCCAACGGCUGUGACGAGGUUGAUCAACUCCACAGAUAUUAUCGGUGGUGGAAGAAGGGCGAGUUGAGCGCCAUUGACCGAUGCUUUGACAUUGGGAACACUAUCUGCACGGCUCUCAACUCCUACCACGACGCCUUGACUUCGAAUUCCCAACACGGCUUUAUGCAGAAGGCUGGACGAAUGUUGUCAUCCCGAGCACAGCACGCUCACGAAAGGGAGGCUGCUACCAAGGCGUUGGCGGGCAUCCAGCAAGGUCUGAGCGCCACAGUCUUUGGCGGAAAUGGGUCUCUCAUGCGAAUCUUGCCUGUCGGACUGGCCUAUUACCGUCUCUCCCCUGAUGAAGUAAAGAAUUUCGCAGCGAGGACCAGCCGUGUCACCCACCCAAACGAAGUUUGUAUCGAGGCCUGUGUUGUCUGGGCUCAAAUGAUCGCCAAAAUAGUGCAUUCCGCUCAAGAAUCGAUUCCACUGACCAAGCUCGACGUGCUCAACCACUUUUCAAACUACGCAUACGAGACUCAACCACUGCGAGCGGCCCUGGCAGCAGAAAAGCCAUGCUCUGAUGAAGAAAGUUACUUGCGAUUCCACCCCAUCCUCAAACUUGCCGUAGAGACUAUAUCAUCGAACACGCCCUCUGAGGAUUUAUCGGCUCAAAUUCUCGCACUUUUGCCCCAAGAAGCAGCGCUACGUUCAUCUGGUUAUGUAGUCCACACAAUCACAGCCGCCUUAUAUGCGUUCUUGGUAACUGAAACAUUCGAGCAAGGGGCUAUGCUGGUCGUCAACAUGGGAGACGACGCUGACACGGUUGCUGCAGUUUAUGGCGGACUUGCUGGGGCAUGGUACGGAGAAGAUAAGGGUACAUUCUGGACAGAACGCGUUGAACGGUGGUUCAAAGAGCUCGUCAGGAAAGAGACUAUCGAAGAAGUAGCAAAUCAACUUGUUGUGUUCUCCAACGCAGCAUAA